AUGCCAAUGCUGAGGAGGCAGAAGCCCUCUAACACCUACAAUCACCACCAAAUGUCGAGGCAAUUAUCGUUCACCACCAUCAAUUUCUUCUUCCUAUUCACCUUCGUCCUCGCGGCGUCUGCUCCUUCUUUGGCUGCUGCAAAUGUUGAGGUGAUCACACUACAUACAUGGCUGCAAGGUUCUACUACCUUGUCUUUGGAUUUCUCCAACUGGAACCCUUCAGACCCCAACCCUUGUAAGUGGUCCUACAUUACUUGCUCACCCCAAAACUUUGUGACUGAGAUCAAUAUCCAGCUUAUUGAGCUAGCCAUUCCCUUUCCUUCAAAUUUUUCCUCACUUGCAUUUCUUCAAAACCUCAUCAUUUCUAGUGCUAAUCUUACUGGAACAAUCUCACCUGAUAUUGGAUAUUGUAAAUCACUUACGGUGCUUGAUGUAAGUUCUAACAGUCUUGUGGGUAGUAUUCCUACAAGUAUUGGGAUGCUUGAAAAUCUGCAGGACCUGAUUUUAAACUCUAACCAGCUUACUGGUCAAGUACCAAAUGAGCUUGGUGAUUGCAGCAGCCUCAAAAAUCUCAUCAUAUAUGAUAACUACCUAAGUGGUUAUCUUCCUGCUACACUCGGGAAGUUACUAAACUUGGAAGUUAUUAAAGCCGGAGGCAACAAAGACAUGUCAGGAAAGAUCCCAGAUGAGCUUGGCAACUGCAAGAACUUGCAGGUGCUGGGGCUUGCUGUUACUAAAGUUUCUGGUUCGACACCUUCAUCAUUGGGUAAGCUCAGCAUGCUGCAGACGCUGUCGAUUUAUACUACUAUGCUAUCGGGUGAGAUUCCACCAGAACUUGGCAACUGUUCAGAACUUGUCAACUUGUUCUUGUAUGAGAAUGACCUAUCUGGUUCGCUGCCAAAAGAGUUGGGAAAGCUUCAUAAGCUGGAGAGGAUGUUAUUGUGGCAAAACAACCUUGAUGGAACUAUUCCUGAGGAGAUUGGGAAUUGCAGAAGCUUGAAGAGUAUAGAUCUCUCUCUAAUCUCUGUUUCUGGAAGCAUACCAGAGUCUUUUGGGAACCUCUCAAAUCUUGAAGAGCUUAUGCUUAGUAACAACAACAUCAUUGGUUCAAUCCCUUCAGUUCUUUCCAAUGCUACAAAACUGGUGCAGCUGCAGGUUGAUACUAAUCAGAUUUCAGGCUUCAUCCCAGCUGAGCUAGGAAUGUUGAAGGAGCUCACAGUCUUUUUCGCUUGGGAGAACAAACUUGAAGGUAGCAUUCCAUCCGAAUUGGCUGACUGUGAGAGCCUUCAAGCUCUUGAUCUCUCACACAAUGCUCUCACUGGUAACAUACCUUCUGGCCUAUUUCAGCUGCAAAAUUUAACCAAGCUUCUCUUGAUUUCUAAUGACAUUUCCGGUUCUAUACCUACCGUGAUCGGAAACUGUAAGUCUCUUAUCCGGCUAAGGCUUGUGCAUAACAGAAUCAGUGGAGGGAUCCCAAAAGAAAUUGGCUUCCUUGAUAAACUUACUUUUCUUGAUCUGUCUGAAAACCGUCUUGUUGGUACCAUACCAGAAGAAAUUGGAAAAUGCAGUUCAUUACAGCUACUCAACUUAAGUAACAACACCCUCGGAGGUAAUUUGCCUAGCUCCUUGUCUUCUCUCACAUGGCUUCAAGUACUGGAUGUCUCUGUGAAUCAUUUUGUUGGUCAGAUUCCUGAGAGUUAUGGUGGACUAGCUUCCCUUAACAGACUCAUCCUCAGCAGCAACUUCUUAACUGAUCCAAUUCCCUCUUCACUUGGUAAAUGUUCAAACCUCCAACUGCUUGAUCUGAGUAACAACAAGCUCACUGGAAUGAUCCCACAGCAACUGUUUGAGAUUGAAGCUCUUGGGAUUGCUUUGAACCUCAGUUUCAAUGCUUUAUAUGGCAUAAUCCCACCACAGAUAUCUGCUCUCGAUAAGCUAUCUAUACUAGACCUAUCACACAACAAGCUUGAAGGUGAUCUGUUGGCACUUUCCGCGCUUGAAAAUCUUGUUUCUUUGAACAUCUCAUACAACAACUUCACUGGCUAUCUUCCUGACAGCAAUGUGUUUAGACAGUUGUCAGCAACAGACUUGGUGGGAAACAAAGGAUUGUGCUCUAGAGGUCAUGAUUUAUGUUUCCUCAGCAAUGGUUCAACAAUGACUAUGUCUAAAAGCGGUAGUUUCAGGAGGUCAUGGAGGCUUAAAUUAGCCAUUGCCUUGCUAAUAGCCUUGACCAUUGCUUUGUCAAUAUUUGGGAUACUUGCAGUAUUUCGUGCACGAAAGAUGAACAGAGAGGACAAUGACUCUGAGAUUGGAGGGGACUCAUGGCCUUGGCAAUUCACUCCAUUUCAGAAGGUGAGUUUCUCAGUUGAACAAGUUCUAAAAUGUCUAGUAGAGACCAAUGUUAUAGGAAAGGGAUGCUCAGGAGUUGUUUACCGGGCAGAAAUGGAAACCGAAGACAUUGCAGUAAAGAAGCUCUGGCCAACAACUGAUCCCAAAUAUGAUUCUCAAAGUAGAGGAGUUCGUGAUUCCUUUUCAGCUGAGGUGAAGACCCUUGGCUCCAUUCGCCACAAGAACAUUGUUAGGUUCUUGGGUUGCUGUUGGAACCGAAACACAAGAUUGCUAAUGUAUGAGUACAUGCCAAAUGGGAGCUUGGGCGGCUUACUUCAUGAAAGAAGUGGUAACUGCUUGAAUUGGGACAUCAGAUAUCGCAUAAUACUGGGGGCAGCACAAGGCUUGGCAUAUUUGCACCAUGACUCUGUUCCUCCAAUAGUUCACAGGGACAUUAAGGCCAACAACAUUCUCAUUGGUCCAGAUUUUGAGCCCUGCAUUGCUGAUUUUGGGCUUGCCAAGCUUGUUCUUGAAGGAGAUUUUGCUCGGUCCUCUAAAACGAUUGCUGGUUCAUAUGGAUACAUUGCUCCGGAAUAUGGAUACUCAAUGAAGAUAACAGAGAAAAGCGAUGUGUACAGCUACGGUGUAGUUGUGCUAGAAGUGCUAACGGGGAAGCAGCCAAUUGAUCCAACCAUACCAGAUGGACUCCACAUUGUCGAUUGGGUGAGGAAGAAGAGAGGGGGAGUUGAGGUACUUGAUAGAAGCUUGCGAGCACGACCGGAACCCGAGAUUGAGGAAAUGCUGCCGACAUUAGGUGUUGCAUUGCUCUGCAUAAACCCAACCCCAGAUGACAGACCAACCAUGAAAGAUGUAGCAGCAAUGCUCAAAGAGAUUAGGCAGGAGAGAGAGGAGUGCAUGAAAACUAACAUGAGGCUUCUCAACAAUGGAGGAACAUCAUCAGCUACUGUGCAGCAUCAACAUCCAUACCCUCAAACAAAAACCAGCACAAGCUUCUCUGCUUCCUCAUUGCUGUACACUUCAUCUUCCGAUGUUAAAACAACUCUCAAACAAUAA